CACUUCUGGUUAUCUUCACAUCUUGUUUCUUUGCUGGCCACUCGAAAUUUGACUUUGAACAAUGGAGACUAUCCAGAUCGGUUCCAUCACUUGCAAGCCGCUGCACCCUACUUUCGCCGCCGAGAUCACUGGCGUCGACUUUUCCCAGGUGCCCCUGCCCCAGAAUGUCAUUGAUGAUCUGGUCACUGCGCAAAACCGCUUUGCCGUGACCGUUUAUCGUGACACUGGUCUGGAUGAUGCCCGUCACGUCAAGUUCUCUCAGCAGCUGAACGAAUGCGAGCUGUGCCCCAAGUUCGGCGGCCCCGCUCAGCCUGACAGGUUCUCCGACCCCCAUCUGUUCGACGCCGGCAACAUGAACCUGGACGGCACACUGAUCCAAAAGGACACCCGUCGGUGGUGGUACAACAAGGGCAAUGCGCUCUGGCACACGGACUCGUCGUUCAACCAGCACCGGUCCAAGUACUCCCUUCUCCUUGCUCACCUCGUGCCCAAGGACGGCGGAGACACGCAGUUCGCCGACGUGCGUGCGGCAUACGACGACCUCCCCCAGGAGAAGAAGGACCAGAUCGAAGACCUGGUGAUCGAGCACGAUCUCUGGUGGUCGCGCCAACUCGCUGCGCCCGAGGAGUUCGAGAGCGUCACACAGCACGAGAUGAACGCGAAGCAGCCUGCGUACCACAAGCUGGUUCAAGUCGGCCCAGGCGGACGGAAGACGAUGUUCCUCGCUGCGCACUCUAAGCGUGUUAUCGGCUGGAGCCAGGAGAAGAGCACAGAGCUGAUCAACGAGCUCAUCGCGCACGUUACGCAGCCCAAGUACACCCUCGCGGUCAAGUGGUAUCAUCCUGGCCAGCUUGUGUGGUGGGACAACAGGAUCAGCAUGCACCGCGCGACGCCCUUCUCUGACCAGAUGGAGAAGCGCGAUAUGCGCAGGACGACGGUGUUUGAUGAUGGCCCGUAUGCGUACGGGGUGCCCGAUGCUAAGCAGAUGGAGCUCGGCUCGCUGCCUCCCGCGUGAGCAGGAUCGAGAGGAAUUCGCUCGUUGUAUUAGGAAGGAUUAUUAUCUAUGUGCAUCAUUCGUUGUAAACCAGAAUUUAGUCGUUGGUCC